CCUAAUACAGAUUUCGUCCGUAUCGUGAGAGAGGUGUUUUUGAGAGAUCGAAAUAAUACCGAAAAUGAGGCUGACACGUGUCACACGGACGGUUAUCAACUUCUGUGUUUCCCCAAACCCUCAAAACAAACGUAAACGUCUCUUCUAUUACUCCUAAACGGUUCCAGAUCUUACUCCACUCCACAGCCACACUCCUUGUCACACAAACCCUUCUUUUUCCCAUUUUCGAUUCUCUCCGUUUCUUGCUCGUGUGCAGCUUCAAAUGGCUGAUUGGGGUCCGGUGGUGAUUGCGGUGGUGCUGUUUGUGAUUCUCUGUCCAGGUCUGCUGUUUCAAAUUCCGGGAAGAGGAAGAAUAAUAGAGUUCGGGAACAUGCAAACAAGCGGUGCUUCCAUUCUUGUUCACGCCAUCAUUUACUUUGGACUCAUCACUAUCUUACUCGUUGCCAUUGGGGUUCAUAUCGUCACUGGGUAAAGGGGAUCUCGAUGCAUUUUUUAUCAUUAUCUUUAUCUGUUUUUUAUAGGUUUUAAGGCUUUAGAAGAUGGAUCUGAUCUACUGAUAUGUGAUAUUCUUAUUUUGUGCACCGGAUAGUUGUUGAUACUUUUUGUUACUUUACUUCCCCUCCUUACCCGAAACAAAGGGAUAAAGAUGAUUUUGUUUUGUGCUGUGAA